AUGAAGAGGUUAGACUGUGAAAGCUCUCUUACAGGGUCUUCAUCUUCCUCCAUUGACACCAUGGGAGGUCCUACAGAGCUAUCUAUGAGGGUUUCUCGGCAGCGGAAAGACGAUAUGUUGCCGGAGAUGGGUUUGAAACCCGGUGUAAGACCUUAUGUCCGGUCGAAAAUGCCUCGACUUAAAUGGACUCAUGAUCUUCACCAAUGCUUCGUGCAUGCAGUUGAGCAGCUUGGGGCUACUCCAAAAUUGCUGUUACAAUUAAUGGAUGUGAAGGGGCUUACGAUAUCUCAUGUGAAGAGUCACCUUCAGAUGUAUAGGAGCAUGAAGCAUGAGCAGAUGAUACACGAAGUAGAAGCUGCAGCAAACAAGAACAUUAAGAUGCAAGGGAUUUCAAAUUUAAAUUACUUUCCAAUCUCCGAACACAUAUAUCCUUGUGGCUCAGUCAAUAACAAUCCACUCCCGCAUAGAAGCUAUGGAACAGGUUACUUUGAGGAACUAAGGAAAGAGAUGCCAGACAAUAUGCAAGGAAAGAAAGUUACCAUGCCAAGUGGAUUCAAACCAAAUUCCUCCAACAUGUUCAAGGACUUUCCCAAUGGCUGCAAUUCCCAAGGUUGCAAUGAGAAUGGAGGGUUAGUAGAUACUACCGAUUACAAGAACAAGCAUUGUACUUUUGCUACAAGGACUGCAGGAGAUUUUGGCAGCAUAAUGUCUUGGUCUUCUAAUUCAAAAGCUUCAGAAACAUAUGUGACGACAGAUGUGGAUGAUGUCUCUCUUGAGCUCACUCUUGGUUAA